AUGGGUAGUAAACUUUAUUUACCAUCGUUAUGGAUUGACGAGAAUCCAAAGUAUACCAAAAAAAAUGCUCCCGAUACAAUCUUUUUAAUGGCGGGCCAGCCAGAUUCUGGAUUGGUAAAACUCUUGGAAAAAACAAAAGAAACAUCUAAUCUAGAAAUUAGAAAAUCCGGAAUGAUAGAUAUUCCCGGAACAAAUCCUCCAUUUUGUCAUUAUAUCAAAAGGGAUUCCGUCGAAUUGCGAGCAACUUUUACGACUGUUAAAGGUUAUCAAUCUGACAUUCAUUAUCGUCAUUAUUUCAAUGCUCCAAAUGUAAAACGUUUGAUCUAUUUUUUUGACAUAAACAUUGACCAUUUAAAACCUUACGUCACAGAUACCGAGAAGAUAGAUCAAGUUGUCAAAGGAGUGUUACCACCUUUCGAACCAUUACUCAAAUCAUGUUACGGUCGCAUGUUAGAUAGUCGUCAAGCUAUUCCUUAUACAAUCGUAGUAACAAAUCGCAGUAAAUUACCCGAAUUCAACGAUAUACUCGUUUGUAAAUAUUUGAAUCUUGAAUCUUUGUCUUGUCCAUCAAUAGAAAUUGUGGACGUAGAUAUGGAUCAUUUAGGCGAUGUUAUCGAGUGGUCAAAUCAAUUGAUGGACAUGAACGAAUGGACUUUUCUUAAUCAUAGAUUAUCUAAACACGGAAAUGGUAAACGUAAUAAUGAUAGUCUCGAUAAAGUAGUCUUUCUAUCCAAUUCAUCUACAGACAUUGAAGCAUCUUAUUCUUUCGAACAAGGAAAUGAGCAAGGAAAAAUUGCAGCUAAACCUCCAUUUCCUCCCACGAUCCUUCCUAAAGAUUUAGUUAAUGAUCUUUUACGUAGCAACAAGUCUAAAUCUCAUAAAAUGCUGAAUGAAUUCUUCAUAUAUCGUAAAGCUGUUGUUCAAGAAUUAAAAAGACAAAAGCUGCGUCUGAAAAUGACAGAUACUUCAACUUUAGCAUCUACUUCUUGGCAUAGAGAACCACCUAAUGUUAAAGAUGAAUAUAGAAGAUUGGCUCAUAAGACAGACAAGACAACUAGAGAAGAGUCUUCGAUUUCAAGUACAGAAACUGACACCAAUUUUUCUCCUACACCUGAAAUUACAACAAUUCCAUAUAUUCCAGAUAUGGAAACUCCAAAUUUUGAUUUUACAAAUUUGUUUAGUCAAAUUCCAGGAUCACAUAAUAUUCCAUUUAAUCAAUUUUCUCAAUUUUCUGGGUAUGUUCAUAAUCCUCCGCCUCCUUUUUAUCAGGAACAACAAUAUGAACAACAACAAUUUCUUAUUUUCCCAAGUAAUAAUACAUAUUAUUCAUUAUCACCAUAUUUUACUUCUUUCGAGUAUGGUAAUUUUGGUCCAAGUCAAAUUGCUUUUAGAACUUCUUAUCAAGAUCUACAACAACAACAAUCGUUACAACCUUCGUUCACAAGUUUAGCAACAGUAUUUCCAGGAGGAGGAAUUUUAAAUAUUCCGUUAACAACUGAAUUUUUGUGGUCUUCGAAUAUAGAAAAUUAUCGUUAUCACUUUCCCACUUUCAUGCCACUACCGACAUCUUCUUAUGCACCUUAUAUUACAACAAAUAAUAACGUUACAAUUAAAUAA